UGAGUCGAGGCUGUUUGAGAGCCGCCGGAAGGUCGUGUGAUCCACUUCCACCCCUGUAGACCGGACACAAUUUUACGGAGGAAGAGUAAUAUUGCGAACCAUUUGCACGGUGCUUAAGUGAUCGUUUGAAACAUCCCGAGGAUUUACAUAUCGACAAAAAAAAAAAAAAAAAAGACUAUUGAAAAAAAUACUGAAAAUAAAGAUCUUGAAAAUUCUAUGUAUCUUGCGAACAGGUUGUUGCGAGAAGAUUUUAACUCACAAGUGCCAACACGCAAUCUCGACGUGUAAAGGAGCGCGGCUGGGGUAGAAGUGGAGCGAGAACCCGUGUGGUGUGGCUAGUUUCCCUUCGAUAAAAGAGAAAGAAAAUAAAAGAAAAGAAGAAAAGAAGAAAAAAAUAUAUUAGUAAAAGUAAUAGACUUCGAUUUAUUAAGAUACGGUGUAGGAAAAAAUAUUUCGUUAAUAUUGUUUGAAAGAUAAGCUGUGUUUGAGAUGUUCUGGUGAUAAAUCCAACAUUUAUCAUAGUUAUUCGGUGUAGUUAAUGGAGAUUCGUGUCAAAAUAAAUAAAUAAAUUGUAAAGUGCAUCGUAUUUUUUUCAUUCGAUAUUUUGUUUAAUAAAAUUUUGAAAUUCUGAUUCCUAGGAAGUGCCAAAAUACCUACGAGUUGUUACCUGCCCUCCGCCCGAGUUCCGCAGCGAGCAGAGCCGCCUCCCGGAGCCGCGAGCGACCCGCGGCGCCGACGGCCGCCGGACCAGCCUCCCUCGCCCGCGCGCCAUGAGGCCCACCGCUUCGUAGGCGGGAAGCGGCCCAGCCCUCUCGAGCCCGACUGCGUGAUGCGCGGCGCCCGCGAGUGAUGAUGGAGGCGAUGAGCGGGCGCGGGCGUGUGGGCAGCAUGAGGAGUGGGCGCGCCGUGGUGGGCCUCGACGUGAUCAGCCACACCCUCCCGCGCCGCAUGCGGUCGGCGUCGGAUGCGCACCACCUGCCGCAGCCGCCGCCCACGCACCACCUGCCGUGCUGCCCGCCGCCGCUGACGUCGCUGCGGCCUGCGCCCCCGCUCGCCGACGACGCAUGCGGCGACAGCUGCCGCGAGUGCCAGCCCGACCUGUGCCCCGAGGACGACUACCCGAGCCUCAGGAGGUCGUUCGCGGCGCACGUGUACCCCAGCGUCGUCACCUCCGGCGGAGGCUGGGGGGGCCCGGGCGGCCGAGGGGGGGAGUGUGUGUCGUGCAGCCUGGCGGGGCCGCCCCUGCCCCCGCCCCCGCCCUCCUGCAUGUGCCCGGACGCGCGGUGCGGGCGGGCCAGCCAGGUGGUCGCGCCGCCCCCCUGCUCGGGCUGGGGGCGCGAGGUCCUGCACGCCCACAGCCCGCCCCGCCGCGCCCACACCACGCACGACGCCCUCGACCUGCACGUCUCCUCCGCAGCGGCGGAUUUCUCGGUCGUUAUAGCUAAGGUUAUAACGACCAUCAUGUUCCUCGAGGACGCGUUACUUGGGGGACCACGUCGUGAAUAUACCAAUAGUGGCUUCUAG